AUGCUGACAAACCUCCAAGGAGAGCUUUUAGGUCGAGAUGACCGAAGUAGCGAGGAAGAGCUCAUUAAAAGUUCUGAAGAGGUUCAAGACGCGAGCAAUGACGCAUCUGUUGAAGACUCAGAAAGAAAAGAUACAAAGGAGAACAGCAAUUACAAUGUAGAGAUAGAACUAAAAGAAGAUACAUUGACUUCUGAUAUCCAUGAACAAGGUGGAGUAGAUAUCCCUGAAAAGGAUCUGAAUGAAAGCUCAGAUCACACUCCGCUGAGUGAACUAAGAGAUGAACCCGAGCUCUCCCAAAAGAGCCCUUCACCGGUUGACCCAAUUAGCGAAUUAAAAAAUCAAGGCACCGAGAAAACCCUAGGCUAUGAUAAUGGAUCUGAUGACAAUAGCGAUGAUGAAUAUGAUCCCGAAAAAAUGUAUGCGAACUCUCUGGCAGAAGUAGUCGAUGAUCCUGACACUGAUAACGUGAGUCAGAAUGGAAAGUCCGACGAAUAUGACCCCGAGGCGGUAUUGAAUGAAAUCACCGCCAUUUCUGGAAUUGAUGAGCCCAAGGAUAAGACUCAGCCUGGUGUGAAGUCUGAGGUCAAAGAGCCCACCAACUCUAUCCCCUAUGGAAACCUUCCAGCUGGUUUACCUCCCAAACCUCCUGUAAAUGCUAAUACCCAAUCCCUCAAGCUUAAUUCAGAAACGGUUGGAACACAAUCCUCUCAGCAACAGUUGAAAGAAGCAUAUGAUGCGGUGAUGCAGAGUGAAGUUGUUAAAGACCCUAAUUUUGUAAAUCUUCCCCAGGAAGAGCAAAUGAGCUUAAUAAUGGAGCAGUUAAGAAAGAAGAAUGUAAAUCUCUCAGCUGCUCACAUGAAUACUGAUAUGAACUACGACCAGGUAUAUUCCUAUAAUAAGCCGUUCAAAAAUAUCAGAAACCCGAUUCCUCUCAUUCCAAUUAAUCCAUCUUGCAAGCGACCCAAUAUUACCGCCCCAAUUACAGCAGAAGAGGAAGAUGCAUAUAGAGAAUUCAUUGAAACAGAAGCGCACUACAUGAAGUUGCAAGCUUGGGAUGACUUUCCUGAUAAACUGAGGUUGUUCCUUGGAAAUUUACCCGCGAAUACUAUAUCCAAGCAAGAUCUUUUCAGAAUAUUUAACCAGUAUGGAGAAGUCGUUCAGAUCGCUAUAAAGGCUGGAUAUGGAUUUGUUCAGUUCCGGACGGCUCAGGCAUGUUUAGAUUGUAUCAAGGGUGAAUCUAAUGUUCCAUUGCAUAAUAAGAUCAUGAGAUUAGAUGCUUCCAGACCUCAAAAAUCAAAGAAACAGGGAAAAGAAACUAUCGAUCCAAGAAUAUCUUCCAGAGGAAGAGAACGGCCAUCCGUAGAAAGUAUUAGAGCAGGGGAUGAAUCCGAACAGAAGCGAAAAAGAUCGACACCUGAUUGUAAAAUUUUCACAACUGGGAAAUCUUCAGUUUUUUUUAUAAGACGAGUGAAAAAAUCGUUCUCUUCUCAUCAGCUAUCAGUUCAGACUGAGGAUAUAACACAUAGGAACAUUAAUGAGGUGAUAAGUGAGGCAGCUUAUUCCGGAGUAGUGGGGGUUUGCAUCAUUAAUGAAGUUAAGGUAGAUGUUCAAACUUUUGAAAGUACUGCCGAUGGUGGUGUUAAAUUCGAUGAGUAUGCAGAUAUUGAACCAGAAGUUGCAGCAGAUAUCCUUUCGAAGGCAAAGUUGAAGAAAUACGGCAAUUCAUCUACUUAUCAACACCCGACAAUUUCUUAUCAAGAGAGUCCCUUACCGUACGGUACAGUCAAUGAAACUGAUUCCUACGGAAGGAGAAGGAAUGAACAAAGAAGAGGAAAUCGUUCUAAUGAUAGAAGAAGUGGUAGUGGUAGUAGUAACUCUAGGUUAAAGCAACAAUAUCAACAAUGGAAUCGACCUCAAUCACAGCCCAUUAACGCCCAAUUACCUGUUGCAGGCAAUGUCCGAGCUCCUUAUGGAAUAUACAACCAAUAUGAACAACAACCCACUCCUUCUCAAUAUGGGACUCCCCCAGUUUAUGAUCUUGGUAACUCAGUACCUAGCCAAUCACCCCAACAUAACUUAUUGCAAACACUUCAAAAUUUAGAUCCAUCAUCGAUGCAGAAUAUGAUAUCAAUUUUACAACAGCAACAGCAACAGCAGCAACAGCAGCAACAGCAGCAACAGCAACAACAACAACAACAACAACAGCAAUUUCGGAGCCCUUAUCUUUCACCUCCAACGAACUUUGGACCGUAUCAUAAUGCAUAUGACCAGGCUUCCUCGCAACCAAUUUCUCCUAAUAAUUUGCCAGCAAAUCAGGUUAAUAAUUUGUUAUCGCAGCUUCAAGGCUCUCAGCCUUCGAUGCAUCAAACAGCCCCACCAGCUCCUCAACCCCAAUUUCAAGCUGAUGAUGAUUCUACUAAGGCUCUAAUGGACACUUUGGCUAGAUUGAGUAGAAAAUGA